AUGUCUACAACAGAAAAACCGACGCCAACGACGGCAACAACAGAGCUGCCCGUGCAGACCCUGGAAAGCUUACACGGACCCGAACUGGACUCAAAAGAUGUAUGUUCUUAUUACAUUCGCGAUCAACCGAACGAGCCAGAAGACUUGGACACACUGCGAACCUGCUGCAAGCCGAAUGUCAUCCAUAGAUACAACGAGCACCAAUACUGGUGCGAAGUUCCUGAGCGUUACUUCCCUCCUACGCUCUACCUCAAUGUGUCUAAUAGAACGAUCGAACAGUGGGUGGACGGCAAUAUGACCCAGUGUAUCAGAGACGCUCAUCCGAGCCAUUAUGCUGGAUCCAGCACGUGUCACUUUGCCAGAUACAAUGUCCGCAAUGAAGCCGCUUCCUUGAUUGCGGCGUCCGCGCCCUUGUAUCUUCUGCUGCUGGGUGGUCUGUGGUCUUUUAGGCUUCUGUUGCGGUAG